ACGGUGCGGGGAGCGCGGCCAUGGAGCUUCUGCUGUCGGUGCUGCGUGUACUGCUGGGCGGCUUCUUCGCGCUCGUGGGGUUGGCCAAGCUCUCGGAGGAGAUCUCGGCUCCAGUUUCGGAGCGGAUGGGGCUAUCUUCACCUUGGCAGCUCUAAAAGAGUCACUAAGCACCUGUAUCCCGGCCAUCGUCUGCCUGGGGUUCCUGCUGCUGCUGAAUGUCGGCCAGCUCUUAGCCCAGACUAAGAAGGUGGUCAGACCCACUAGGAAGAAGACUCUAAGUACAUUCAAGGAAUCCUGGAAGUAGAGCAUCUCUGCCUGUUUAUGCCGUGCAGCUCUCACAGCAGGAAUAUGGUAGAACACAGAGUCUGUCAUCUUGUUACCAUUAUAAUAUCCAGGGUCAGCCAGUGUUGAAAGAGACAUUUUGCCUACCUGGCCCUACUUUCUCUUUUUAGCUUUACUACUCUUUUGUGAGGAGUACAUGUUAUGCAUAUUAACAUUCCUCAUGUCAUACGAAAAUACAAAAUAAGCAGAAAAGAAAUUUAAAUCAACCAAAAUUCUGAUGCCCCAAAUAACCACUUUUAAUGCCUUGGUGUUAGUAUACCUCUGAACUUUUUUCUGUGCCUUUAAGCAGAUACAUAUUUUUAAAAAUGAAAAUAAAACCAUAUAUCCUAUUUUAUUCGACCUCCUUUUAAAACCUUAAAACUAUAACACUGUUUCAUGUCUCUUUUGCCUCAUUGCUGUUAAUGGCUGCAUAGUAUUCCAUUGUAAGGAUGUACUAUAAUGUAUUUCACCCCCCAUGAGGAACAUUUGGGUUUUUCUCAAUUUUUUGCUAUUGUAAGCCUCACAGUAAAUCUCUUUUGCAUACUUAUUUUCUUCCCCUAGAAGUAAGGGUGCUGGUUCAAAACACAUGCAUAUUUUUAAGGCUUUUAAUGCAUAUUUAAAAUGUACAGGUUCUGUAUGGCAGAACUUUAAGUACUUGCUUCUGCCUAUGCCCUUUGAGCCACAUUAGAAAUUCCCUCCCACUCCUUUUUUUCUCUGACAUAUUAGAUUUGCAGAGCUAGCAGGUUGGCAUUGAGUCAUUUGACAGGACCUGAAAUCAAGCUCUGGUGGUGAUGUGUGGCACCCAGUCCAGUGUUCCUUGACACCUACAUGGAGGUGAGGGACAGCCAACUCCGUGAAAUGCUGAGUGGUACAGCAGGGCCCAAAGCCUGGGAGGAAUCCCAGAGGUCCUUGGGGGUAGGAAGGGUGCAUAUGUGUGACAGUUCUUGGGGGAAAAGUGGACAACACGUUAGGGCAUCUGCUAUUAUGUCACCACCAUCUUUAUCUUAGCUAGGCAGGGCUGUGGGCUUUUGGGAAGUGAUGUACCUCCCAUGAAGGAUCAUAGUGAGAAACAGUUCACUUAUGCAAAUAUUCUAGCUAUCAGCCUACAGAUUGCUUUGAGGGUGUAAAAGAAGUCUCUAUUACUCCAUUUCAUGUUCACUACAAAAUGCUAAUUCCCAUUCUGACUAGUGAACCUCAGGCAAGGUGACGCUCUCAGUUGGAUUUUUUUUAUUCUUGAGUCCGAAAGCAUGGUGGUGCAGUCUGCCUAUAGUAAGGAUAGAUAGAUUACGCUAAAUAAAUGGUAAUGUCAAAACAAUAAGGAAACCUUUUCUCUCAUGUAAGAGGUUCAGAGAUAACCACUUCAGUUUCAAUGUUGGUUAAUUUGCCUAAUGAUGGCAUCAAGAAUCAACAUUCUUUAAACUUUCUGCUCUGCUGCUGUCAGUGUAUUGGCUGUUGCCCUCAGAGUUGCGAAAUAGCUGCAGCAGCUCCAGAUAGUGCAUUUGCUAUAAUACUGAAAGGUGAAAAGAGAGGAAGGGUGCUUUAGAAGACCCUAGAUUUUCCCGUAGAUUUCACUAGGCAGAACUAUGUCCCAUUUCCAUUCCUAAUCACUGGCAGGAGAAUGGAAUUCCCAUAAUGGACUUAGACUAGUUAAGAUUUACCCACACUGGUCAGCAAGGAAGAAGAGGAAGUAGACAAUGGUUUCUGUCACUUACUAGCUUAUUUGAAGACUAUGAAUAAUGAUAGUAACUAUUUCAUAGCCCGGCACAUAGUAAAUGUUGAGUAAAUGCUAGCCAUUAUUAAAUAUUGAUUUGUUUUACAGUUGAGAAAAUGCAUCUGGAAAGCUUAAGUGCCUAUAUAUGAGACCUGGAACUAGAACUAAGGCCUAAUUGAUUCCAGAACCCAAACUUUUCACUGCACCAGCUGCCAAAGCUGAAAAUGGAUAGGCAUGGCACCCCUGCUGUCUUCAAUCUGAGGGUAGAUGGGAUGACCUGUCUGGUGUGAUGAAAUCUGUCCUGCUUUCCAGCAUUUCCCCUCUGAUUGGAAUUUUUUAUAUUUUUUUAUAUUAUUAUUAUUUUUUGAGAUGGGGUUUCACCAUGUUGGCCAGGCUGAUCUCGAACUCCUGACCUCAGGUGAUCUGCCCGCCUUGGCCUCCCAAAGUGCUGGGGUUAUAGGCGUUAGCCACUGUGCCCAUCUUGCUUGGAAAUUUUGAAGCCCAAGAAAGUAAAGCCUGGAGCCCCAAGGAUCCUGGCCUUAUACUUUCUCCACCCCUUCCAGGAUGCCACUGCCAGCCCGUCUCCUGCCAGGACGGACUUUGAGUAAAACCUCUUGCAGCUAGCAUUAGAUUGAGGGCUCCUGUUUACCAAGUCUGGAUCUGUAGGCUGAUAAGCAGCUACUGGGGCCCCCAAGCUUGGCUGUAGGACUGCCCAGCAGCUGCAGGAAAGUCAGGGUGCUAGAGGAGUAGGCUGGGCAGCUGGUGUGUACCAGCAGUUGGGACUGACAGCAGCAGGAGGAUCUUGAGCCCAAGCGGUGCCUCCUUAGCAGCCCAGGGAGAAGCCGGGCCUCAGGAAAUGUGCCCCCCAAACUACAGCCUUAAAUCUAGGUCAUCUCAGCACGAUGAUGUUCAGCUGCCUGCCCUUCCUAAUGCAUUUGUAUCUCCCUCCCUGUGCUGAAGGCUCUCUUGUCCUCCGAUGACACUCCCUUCCCUUGGGGCCCUGAUUGCAGCCCCAGAAACCCAGCUCACAGGUGCCACAGGUGGGCUCCAGCCCUUCCAGCUGUCAGACCCAUUCUUCAUGUCGUUUCUUGGGAUUAGCUGGCUGAUGGGAGGGUCUGAGAUGUGUGGGUGGGAGGGGAUUCUGCCCUGUGUCAGAUCCUUAAAGUCAGGACCCCAGAGAGAACUCCAGCAGCCAUUAUAGCAAGAGGUAAGAAAGGAACAAUCUGGUAGGAUGGCAGGGGAUGGGUCAGGGUAGGGCUACAGGCAUGGAGAACAGAACAGAGGAAGUGGGGAAAGGAAAUACAGUUACCCGGGGUCUCAGAAAGGAUUGGAGCCUGAGAUGCUCAAAGGCAAAAAUCCAGAUUUUGGAAGAACUGAGUUUUAGGACAUCCUAGGAGUGUGUAAGUGUGUCACAAAUAGUAACAGGACAUUGAUUUGUGCACUUACCUCCCUUGGGAAGAGGAUAGGAAUAUGCCCAGAUGUGUUUGUGUUGUUUUGUGUGCCUGGGGUGUCUAUGUCUCUGACACUCUGUGUGUGCCUGUGUGAGUGUACACAUUUAUCUAUGUGCUGCCUAGAAGGGAAGGGAGCUAACAGUAAUGAAGUAUCUCCCCAGUGUCAGCCACAGGGCUCAGUUUUACUUAUGUUUUCUCAUAAUCCUCCCAACAACCCUGUGAGGUAGGUAUUUUAAUCUCCAUUUUACUGCAGCAAAGACAGGCUCAGUGAAGCUGAGUAAUUUGCCCAAGGUCACAUGGCAAAUUGAUGUGUAUAUCUAGAAUCUGCCUGAUUGCUGGGCCUGUGCACUUUUUGCUUUUCUGUCCAGAGGUCUGAGUCUGACCCAGGACGACUUUGUGGUCAAAAAGUGAGGGGGGAGGAAAAAGGAUGGAAGGCUUCAGAGUGGCAAAAGCUUUUCAGCCCAGCCAAGGGUGCUCCAGGCAAGUGCUGAGGUACCUCCCUGGGAGAGGACCUUCACCAAGGCAAGUCCGAGGUCACUGUGCAUAGGCCUAUCCUGUGGGUCACUGCACCACAAGCCCAUUCCUCCAUCCAUGCUUCUCAUCUGGGUGGCACAGGGACGAGGGAGUUGGGUCUUUUUCUGGACAGGCCUCUAUGUUUCAACCUGUUUCUCCAGAACUCCCUGUUGGCUCAGCCCUAUGUGGGUUUACCGCACAGGUCUGUGCCCCAACAGGUAUGAACCAUACUCUGUCUGUGAGGGGCACCUCUACCCUCUCAGUCACCAAGGUUGGAAAUUUCCAAGUUAUCUAGGACUCCUGCCUCUUCCUCGCUUCCCACAGCUUGUCACCAAAAACUCCGGAGUCCAUCCCCUCUCAGCAGCUGCUGGCCAGGUUCGGUCCUCAUUCCCUCUCACAUGGACUCUGCCUCUAGUGCCCCCUCCCCGCAAGGGCUGAAGAAGAGGAGAUUGGGGUGGGAGAAGGUGGAAUGGGGGUUGCCUUUGUGGCUAGCCGCCGCAUUAACCUUUCCUCUGCCACAUCAAGGUCAGAGAUGAACAGCAGUGUUGGGGACCUGGGUGUUGGCGGCUGCAGCCUCUGGGAUGACCCUGCUCGUUUCAUCGUGGUGCCCGCGGCCUAUGCCUUGGCGCUGGGCCUGGGGCUGCCAGCCAACGUGGCUGCCCUGGCAGUGUUCAUCCGCAGCGGCGGGCGCCUGGGCCAGGCCCUGCUUCUCUACCUGUUCAACCUGGCUCUGGCUGAUGAGCUCUUCACGCUCACGCUGCAGCCGUGGCUCAUCUACUACCUGGGCCUGGCCCGGAGGCCGCCUGCCGCGCGGCUGGGGCCGCGACUACGUGUCCACCUACGCGGUGGUCUUCGCCGCGCUCAUCAGCGUGUGCCGCUGUUGCUCCGUACGCGGCCCCGGGCCCGGGGCGGCUGCCUGCCUGGCCUGCGCCGCCGGCGCCCCGCGCGUACUGCCUGCGCCUUCGCCUGGUUGGCGGGCCUGGCCCCUCCCUGCCAGGAGCACCGCUGGGCAAGCUCGGGGCUGGCCUCCGUCACGGUGGCCUUCUUCGCGGCCGCCUUCCUGCUGGUGCUCCCGGCCUACGUGAGCCUGGCGCGGGCGCUCCAGGCGCCCUCGGGCCCGGGCCCUGCUAGCGCCGGCGCGCACCCGCGCGCGGCCAAGACCAUGGUCCUGGGGCUCCUGCUGGUCUUCGCCCUCAGUCUGGCGCCCUACCACCUGCUGCUGGCGCCCAGGGUGGCCGGGCGGGACAGCGACGGAGACCGGUGUCGCGCCGCCUCCACGCUUGACAAUCCUGCACACCCUCAGCCUGGCGCUGCUGAGCCUCAACAGCUGCCUGGACCCACUCAUCUGAUGUUUCUUCGUGCGCCGCUUCCGCCAGGACUGCUGCUGGGCACUGAGCUGCCGCCCGGCGCACGGGGCCUCCUUGGCCUCCUCCUAGAGAGUCUCCUGGCCUCCCCGCCUGUCUCACCCCCCUGCCACCCUCCCAGUGGCAUCCAGGGUGGAGAAAGCUCUUUGGAAAGACCUAGAUUCUGAUCCUGACGCAACCACAUACUACCCCUGUAGCUGUGAACCUCCGGGCUCAUCUGUACCAAGGGCAUGGAACAUUUUUUUGUAACCUGAAUGUUCCCUGGAUGUUGCCAGCUUUUGGAUACAAAUAAUAUACCAUUGUGUUUUUUUAAACCUCUUGGGAUAAAAGCCAAAGUCCUUAUCAUGGCCUACAAGGCCCUGUCUGAUUCGACUCCCCCUUCUCUCCAGACCUUAUCCCACCACCCCUGCGUCUCCCUGCAGGCAGUCACCACCUUCUCAGGCUCGGGAAAAUGCCAGUCUCCUACCCUUCACGCCCUUUGCACCUGACUUGGCCAGGGAUGAUCUCUGUUACUCUCUUUCACUAAGUUAGUUCUUCUUCACCCUCACUUCCUCUAAAGUAACUCCUUAUAGGAAAGCCUUUCUUGGCUGGCAACACACACACACACACACGACUGAAUCAGAUCGGAUUGCUCUUUGAUAGCUCUUUUCAUAAUUGUAAUCAAGCAAUUAAUUGGGUCAUGCGUUGUUAUUUUCUUUCUCUCUUGCCAGAAUGUAUUCAUGCUGACCCAUAAGAAAUUACCAUUUUUGUAAGUCCCCAAAAGUUGAAUAUUGGAAAUUUUAUUUCCACCCAGUUCAACUUAAUAAAUUCCGUGUUUACCUUGCUCA